AUGCCGGCUCCCUGUCAAAUAGCACAGAAACAGAUCGAUCCACCUUCCAUUGGUCGUAAUGGGUACCAAGGAUUCUUGAACAAAACCGAGAUUCUAGCCAAGGGCUCCGCUCCAUUCAAUUCUCGGAAAUUGCCCUGCGAUAUACUUGUCGAGCACGAUGUUGGCCUCAAAGUCCACGACGGUGCAAAAAUCUAUGUCGAUAUAUACCGGCCCGUUGAUGAAAGCAGAAAAGUCCCUGCAAUCUUCUCAUGGAGCCCAUUUGGUAAGAAACUCAACGGUCUCAAAUUUCUCAGAAUGAUGACGCCUUACAAUAUGGGACUAAAGCCCAACACGCUUAGCGGUCUGGAGAAAUUCGAGGCUAUUGACCCAGCAGACUUUGUGCUUCGAGGAUAUGCAGUUAUCAAUGCUGAUACACGAGGUGUUGGAGACUCAGAUGGAAUGUGUGUCAUCAUGGGUACACAAGAAGGUGAAGAUGGAUACGAUUGCAUUGAGGCUAUUGCCGCAAAACCCUGGUGUAAUGGUAACGUUGGAAUGGCCGGUAAUUCACACUUGGCAAUUGCGCAAUGGUUUAUUGGCCAACUUCGCCCUCCUUCCCUUAAAGCAAUUGCUCCCUGGGAGGGAUGUGGUGACUUAUUCCGGGAACAGUUCGUCCGUGGCGGAAUAUAUGCCGGAAACUUUUUCGAUCAUAUCUCACAAGUGAUGAUACAAGGAUACAAUGGGAUGGAAAGCUUCAAGGAAAUGUAUCGUCGCAGUGGAGGUGUUGCCAAUCCAUACUGGGAAGAUAAGCGUCCAGAUAUUACCAAGAUCAACAUCCCAACAUACAUCACAGCGUCUUUCUCAAGUGCAUUGCAUACAAUGGGCUCAAUUCGAGGGUUCUACGAUGUCGACUGUCCAAAGAAAUGGAUCCGUUUCAGCCCUUACCAGGAGUGGCAUGAUAUCUGGGCAGUUCCCAAGUACACACAGGAGUUACUCAGCUUCUUCGACAAGUAUCUGAAAGGAAUAGAUAAUGACUGGGAGUUAACACCUCAAAUCCGCAUGACAACUCUACGUUUCGGAGAUCAGGAUGCAGUUGUUGACGAACCUAUCGCAAGUUUCCCGCCACCACAGGUGCAGGAUCGUCAGCUCUUCCUAUUGGACAAUGGCGUGCUUAACCCAAAUGGCUCACCUUCUAGCACAAGCGUUAGUACCUACAAUUCGGAGGAUGGGACCUCGCAUGCAUCCUUCACUUAUACCUUUGAAAAUAAAUCAAGGCUCUGCGGUAUUCCAAAAGCCGUGCUAUAUAUGUCGUGUGAUGCACGGGAUGAUCUUGAUGUAUAUGUUGUCAUUCGCAAAUUGGACAAAAAUAAAAAGUCCGUAUUGGCGCUGAAUGUUCCUUGGGACUCUAUCCCUCCCAAUUCAAUUGAGGAGAUCCCUGAAGACAAAGCGACAGAUUUGCUUCUCUACAUGGGUCCUAUUGGCAUGCUUCGAGCAUCCCAUCGCGAAAUUGACCCCUCUCGCUCCAUGCAUCCUAACUAUCCGUUCCACCCGCAUGCAAGGACUCAAGCUGUGCCGGCUGGUGAAGUGGUGAAAUUGGAUAUUGGCAUCUUUGCGAUGAGUGUCGAGUACGAGGCGGGAGAGUCUGUUCAGAUUCAGGUAUCUGGACAAACUCCUCAGAUUCACUCUUUCAAGGAAUUGAAAGAUAAACUGGGCAAUCAAGAUAAUAAGGGUAGUCACAAGAUUCAUUUUGGUGGGGAAUAUCCUAGCCAUGUCAUUCUUCCUUUUGUGUGA